UUCCGCUGGUCCUGGGGAGUGUCUGAAGGCCUGUCAAGUGACUGUUGAUCGUACACUUUUCUAUCGUUUUUAUCAAUAACAAUUAUGGAUCCCGCGGUCUUCCCGGAGGAGAUUUGGAUUAAGAUUUUAUUAUACUGCGACGUACCUGACAUUAUCGCGUUCGGCAGCACCUGCAAAUACCUGAGGAAAACGUCGGACACGGAUUACCUGUGGAAGAUGAAAUGGCUGCAGCUGAUCUCGAAGGUGCACUUCAGAUUCCCGGACAUAAAAUGCUUGCAGUUGCUCAGCGUCAGCUUCAAGGCGAUGUGCUACAGACUGCACAUGGUGAUAACGCUGGGGGAGAACGCGCCCUUCCCGAAGUGCUACCACUGCAGCGGCUACACGUGUCAGAGGAACUGCGUGGAGGGCUCCAGCGCCAAGGUGGUGAUCGAGAUCGGCAACAAGUACACCUGGGUCAUCACCCCGUACUUCGGGCUCAGGCGGCACUUCUCCAUGUUCGGCAUUCCCAAGUACAACAACAAGACCCACGUGGAGCAGACGCAGACACAGAGCGUGCCGAGCAGCAGCACGCGCGCCAAGCCCGACACCAAGUCGCUGGCGAAGCGGCUCAAGCUGCUGAAGCUGUCGGAUCUGGCGACCACCAAGAUCCCGCGGCCGAGCGGGCCGUUCUGCGUCUUCUGCAAUCCCGUCAAGCUGUACAGGGAGAAGCGGAGAUUGACCACGCAUCAGAACGACCCGGUGUGCAACACCAAGCCGAGUCCGAUAUACGAGAAGCUCGUGAACGGCUACUGCACCGACACGGUGGAAGUGCUCGGUAUUCCGAACGUGGACGUCGUGAGCCCGGCGGAGGCCCUGCUGUGCGAGGGCAUGUUCCCGGUUCUCAAGACCUUCAUCGAUCACUUGUUUCACCAGAUGAGCCUGACCGCGACGCUCAGAAAGCCGAAUACCGUGCUCAUGUUUUGCGAACCGCUGGCGAUGCACCCCACCUUGAGAAAGCAGUUGCUACAUUAUUUAUUCCAGGAAGUUAAAGUAGCGAGAGUAUGUUUGGUGCCGAAGCCUCUAGCAGCAUGCGCCAUGCUGGACGUGGAAACCUGCGUAGUAGUCGACAGCGGUGCCCUGAGCACAACGGUGGCUGUCGUAAUUGGAGGGCGGGUUAUGCCACAGCGCUGGAGACUGUCACCUGUGGGUGGUUGGCACGUUGCCUAUCACUUGAAGCAGGCUAUGUUCUGGCAACCGAAAGAGUAUCAUCAGAUUCCUAUAUCCUACCUAGACAUUUUGGCUGUUAAAGAAAGAUGCAGGUUGAGUUACAAUAUUAAGACCGAGGAGAAACGUUUGGGACAGAAGGCGAGGGAGCACAUUAAUCUUCGAGUCGACAGCUAUGCGGACUACAAGCAAUUUUGGAGAGUCUCAUUAGGGCAAGAGCUAUACAUAGCUCCUGAAAUGAUGUACAUCAGCCUGCGUUUGCCCGAAAUUAUUAAGGACGUAACGUCAGGAUUGCCGGAAGAUAUAAUGCACGAUUGUCUCUCACAUAUUCUGCUUACCGGUGGGAAUACAGAUCUCACGGGUUUCGAGCUAAGACUUACCAAGGAUCUACGUGAGCUGUUGCCGGAGUAUAGCAAGAUUUUGGAAGUGAAAAGCUGUCCUGGUACGCAUAGUUGGAACGUCGCAAUGGGAUCUACAUAUGUGCCUUUAGCUGUGCAUCCUGAUAAAACUCCACCGGAAUAUAUCGAGGGUAAUCCAUUUUGGCUGUCACGAGAAGAAUACGUACUGUUUGGGUGCGAAUCUCUGGAACACAGUAACGAAGGUAUAAUAGGUGACGCCUUAUAAUAUGAAUGCCUCACUUAUUGUUUAACCGUGAGAUGUGCGCAUAUAUAAUGCAUGAUGACAGGAAAGUAAGUGUUACCAUUGUUAGGUAUAUUUUCUCUUAUAUUGUCUAUAAAUUGGAAAAGUACUUUAGAGAAUUAAAGGGGCCUGAAACACAUUCCAAAAUAUAAUUCAUGUUCACGCUAUUUAAGGGCACCUAAAUGUUUUUCUCAAAUUUUGCUAUUUAAUAUUUAUUUAUUAGCGUAGUAUGUACAAGAUAUAUACUAGAUGUUCCAUUUUGACGUAUACAAAAUAAAUUCUCCGAGAUGAGUCGAGACGUGAAAGUUUCUAUUUUGUGUUGAAUAUUGUCGGGUCAAUUUUUUUUCUUAAAUUCUUAGUUUUAUAUCCAUUUUGGCUUAAACAUACACACAUAUAUCCUGAUAAUAAUAUAAAAUACAUAAAAUAAGAUAAAACUCGAGAACGUGUUUCCUUAUGUGUCUUGAAAAGGAACUUUUGCUUCAUAAAUUAAAAGGGACAUCUUGUAUAUAUGCUCUAAAACUGCCCCUAUAUUAACUUUGAAACUUAUGGCAUUUAAAUUUCCACACAUUAAAAAGAAUUCAUUAUCUAUUAGUAUUUUAGGGUAUCAUGGAGCUUUGUAUAAGAGUAAUUAAUAUGCCAGUUGCAAUGUACUUUAGUACAUUCGUUACUAAUUCUAUCAGGACCAUCACUCGGCAUCUGAUACCGUUCAGUGCGAUGUUACAUAUUGAUGGCAUAAAUGUUUUAAAGUUGCAGCAUAAGAUUGUAGUGCCAUCCGAGCAUAUUUAAAUUAUAAAACUAUUUAAUUUUAUGUACAUAGCACGUGCAAUGAAUUGUUUUGUAAAUAUAGAGUAAACGAAGCUGCUUAAAUUGAAAAUGUACAGAUCAUUAUAUAAAUGUCAAGCAAGUAUUAUAUAAUGCUAGAUAUAGUAUUUCCAGAAAUUGUUCACUAUUUCGUACAUUUAUAUCACAGAAAUCUUGCCAAAAGAAGUAUGUGUAUGUUAAAAAGAGAAAAUAUAGCAACAUUUCUAGUCACUUUAGAUAUUGAUAGCUUUUAAAUAUAGGUUCAGUGAAGCGACAGGUUUCUCUUCCAAGAUGAAGUAAAUAAUCGCACUAGCGACCUGUAAUAAAUAAUAAAAAGAACAAUGAAUCUUUAGAUUAUACAUAUGUUCAUGAAAUGUAUGGAUACUGUUAUAUUUUUUUUGUUAAUGAUAUAGAAUAUAAUUUUAUGUAUAAGAUAUAAUUAUUGACAUGAUUACUCCUAAGAUAUUUCAUUAAGAGACUGUAAUGAAUUUGAUAGCUGUAACUAGAGCACACAUAUUGUGAUGAGUUAAAUUAUUAUUUAGAUAAGAAUAUGUAAUGUGUAGCUAGUAUGAAGCAACUAAUUAAAAACAAAAAUAGUAUUGUAAAUGCUAUGUUAUAACUGAUGUUUCUAUUAAAAAAAUAUCUAUCUAAAUUAUUAUUGUGUUAGCUGCUAGAAUUGUCAGAGAAGACUUACUUAUAGGUGUUCACACAUGGCUUCAAUUCUGUAAAAUGCUAAAAUGUAAGUAAAAAAAUAUUAAAUAUUACACAACACGAAAAGAGAGAGGGGAGUGUAGUUGUAAUACGUACACAUGCUGCUACAUCCCGUUUUCACUUCACUUCAAAUGUGAAAAGAAUUUUGCAUCUUUAAUAUACUUCAAACUCAUAAUAAAUAUAUACAUAUAUACUGCAUACAAUUCUUCAAAUUAAAUAAGGGAAAAAAUAUAUAUUUAUUUAAUUCUGCAAAAUAUUUCUUUGCGUGUAGCAGUACCAAGAUGUUGAUCAUUUUGCUCUUAGAGAUUUUUUUUCUAGUGUGUAGACAUUAAGAUUGUUUAAGUAAAUAUUUAAGUCGCACUCAAUGAUAACGUGAGUCUUAAGAUAUAAAAAAGGUGUUGUCAUUAGCCGCGCAUGAUAACUUACACCUUUGCAACGAACGGGGAACUCUAAAGUUUACCGUACUCAAGAAAUGCAGCACUGCAAAAAUUUUCCAUUAUGUUAAACUAUAAAAAUUGCGUAUAUAUACAUAUAUAUAUAUAUAUAAAACUCGCUGUUGCUUGUGGUUCUGUUAUUUAUAAGAAAUGUACAACGUGUAAAUAAAUCUUUUUCAGAUA